AUGUCAGCACCUACUCAAUAUCCUAAAACAAAUAUCGUUAAGCUCAAUCAACCUUCUUCAUCAUCAGCAACAAGAGACAAUACUGGUGCUGAUGGAAAAUCCACAAAUACCGAUCAUCAUCACUAUCAUCAAAACAAUAAUCAUAACAAUAAUAAUAACAAUACAACAUCAUCUACUGGAGCUACGACAUCAUCUUCAUCGACACGACUACAGUCGAGCAAAAUGCGUGAUCCAAAUGAACCACAUAUUGGCAAAUAUCGAUUUAUUAAGACAAUAGGCAAAGGUAAUUUUGCCAAAGUUAAAUUAGCUAAACAUAUUCCAACUGGUCGAGAAGUAGCUAUAAAAAUAAUUGAUAAAACUCAACUUAAUCCAACAUCAUUACAAAAAUUAUUUCGUGAAGUAAAAAUAAUGAAAGGACUUGAUCAUCCUAAUAUUGUCAAACUUUUUGAAGUAAUCGAAACUGAAAAAACACUUUAUCUUGUUAUGGAAUAUGCAAGUGGCGGUGAAGUAUUUGAUUAUCUUGUUGCACAUGGACGUAUGAAAGAAAAAGAAGCACGAUCAAAAUUUCGACAGAUUGUGUCUGCAGUUCAAUAUCUUCAUCAAAAACAUAUUGUGCAUCGUGAUCUUAAAGCAGAAAAUUUAUUACUUGAUUCAGAAUUAAAUAUAAAAAUAGCUGAUUUUGGCUUUAGUAAUGAAUUUACACCAGGAAAUAAGUUAGAUACAUUUUGUGGUAGUCCACCAUAUGCAGCACCAGAAUUAUUUCAAGGAAAAAAAUAUGAUGGACCAGAAGUUGAUGUUUGGAGUUUAGGUGUUAUUUUAUAUACACUUGUUAGUGGUUCAUUACCAUUCGAUGGACAAAAUCUCAAAGAAUUACGUGAACGUGUAUUACGUGGAAAAUAUCGAAUACCAUUUUAUAUGUCAACUGAUUGUGAAAGUUUAUUAAAAAGAUUUCUUGUUUUAAAUCCAACACGACGUGCUGCUCUUGAAUCAAUUAUGAAAGAUAAAUGGAUGAAUAUUAGUUAUGAGAAUGAUGAAUUAAAACCAUAUGAAGAACCAAAUCAAGAUUUUAAUGAUAAUUAUCGAAUUGAAAUCAUAACGCGAGAUGGUGCAUAUACUCGCGAACAAGUACUUGAUUCAUUAACUCAACGUAAAUAUGAUGAUAUUAUGGCAUAUUAUCUUCUUCUUGGCAUUCGAACAAAUGAAAAUGAUACUUCUGAAGGUCAAUUAGGUACAACAGCAAAUAAUAAUAAUAAAGGUGUUACAGAUGCAUCCAAUACUCCUUCAACAUUAGCAUCUAAAAUUGUGUCAUCAAGUACAAGACCAUCAACAACAAAUGAUAAAGAAAAUCUUCCUUCCAUUGAUAAACAACAUCGACCAACAACAACAGUUGUACCAUCAACAAUUAAUGAUCAUUCAUUACUUAAUGGUCCAGCAACAAAUGGAGCUAAUAAUACAUUAUUAACAUCAUCAAGUAUAGAUACAUCAACAGCUAAUAAUGUUCAACAUCUAUUAUUAAAAACAAGUGCAAGUGGUGGUCCACCAGUAUCAUCAAUGAUAACAUCAAAUUCAAUAACAAAUCGUACAAAUACAAUUGAUAAAAUUCGUUCACAAACAGUUCGUUUACCUGGUACAGGUGUACGACGUCGUGAAACACUUGAUCCUGUUCCAAAUGUUAUAUCAGCAAGAAAAGUUGAUAAUAAUGAAAAACCUAAAACACCAACUGGAGAUAGUACAACUUUCGAAAGUCGUAUUCCCCGUUUACCUCAAAGUUUUAAUCGUAGUGGUAUUGAACCACCAUCAUCAUCUACUUCUUCUUCACAAACACCACAUCAUAUGAUGCGUGCAUCAGUACGUGAGAAUCCAAAAUCAGCAAGUUUAUCAGCACAACAACAACCAUCAAAAAUUCAAGAGAAACUCAAAUCUAGAAAAACAUCGGCAGCUGUACCAUCAUCAGCAAAUAGCAAUACAGGUUCGAUUCGAGUUUAUUCGAGUCAACAUCAUCCAUCUACAGUCAAUUCUCUAAUGGUGCAAGCUUCAACUACUGCAAAUUCUGCUGUUAGUACCACACCUGCUCAGCUACCACUUACUACGACGAGCACGCCACUUGAAUCUUCCACUAACACACGCGUCGGUAGUGGUGGCGAUGGUGUGUUAUUAAAUCGCUCUGCGCCUGAUCGUAAAACUAUUCAUAGUACAUUUCCUUCACGUCAAUAUCAAACAUCUACAACGACUGAUUAUCGAGCAUCAACAAGAAAUCCAAAUAGUAGUACAAUGGGUUUUAGUGAUGGCAAUAAUCGUCAUCAGCAACAUGCUGGUGGUGCUUCGAGCUUGAUUGGAGGGACAGGAAGUGGGGCUCAAUCAUUUUUAAGCAAGCUUUCAUCUAAAUUUGCACGAAGAAAAUCCAUUCGAGAAUCGGGUAUAUCAUCAACAACAACUGGUGGUGCUAUCGGAAAUAAUAUGUCAACAAUGAGUGGAAGUGUGGCAAGUGCAUCGUCAUCAUCUUAUCGCCGAACAGCAGAUUAUAAUAAUCCAAAUAUAACAACCAAUGAAGGAACUGGAGUCACAACGAAUGAUAAUCUUGCUACAGGCGGUGGUGAUAUAAAACCACGUUCCCUUCGUUUUACAUGGUCAAUGAAAACGACUAGUUCCAUGGAUCCAGGAGAUAUGAUGAAAGAAAUUCGAAAAGUUCUCGAUAUAAAUAAUUGUGAUUAUGAACAACGAGAAAAAUUUCUUUUACUCUGUGUACAUGGUGAUCCAAAUACAGAUUCAGUUGUAUCAUGGGAAAUGGAAGUAUGCAAAUUACCACGUCUAUCAUUAAAUGGUGUUCGAUUUAAACGUAUAUCAGGCACAUCAAUUGGGUUCAAAAAUAUAGCGAGUAAAAUCGCUAAUGAACUCAAAUUGUGA